CAAGACUAAUUAGCAAAUUAUUACAAGAAGUGAUGUUUAUAAAUAAAGGGUGAACCCACCCCUAAAGUCUUCCUAGGAUAUAAGAUAAUAUCCGCUCUUUUGCCCUCACAAUACUCUCCACUUCCCCAACAUAUCCACCAUUGAAUUGACACACACACACACACUGUAUAAGCUCCAUCAGAUCCGAAAUAUAAACCUAAAACCAUCAUGAACAACAACAUCUCCGAAAUGGACCACGAUCAAUCAUCCCUGGCGGCAGCCAUCUCUGACUUCUCCACUCCCCUCGUACCCCCCAACCCCAACCCAGGCGUAGUGGGCGGAAGCUCGAAGGCGAAGCGGCGGCGAAAGAGGAACAGAGGAGGAGGAGGAGGAGAGGGGAAGGGAAUGAUGAGGAAGAGGAAGCUGAGCGAUGAACAGGCGAGCUUGCUGGAGCAGAGCUUCUGGAGCGAGCACAAACUGGAGACCGGGAGGAAGGACAGGCUGGCCGCCGAGCUCGGCCUCGAGCCCCGCCAGGUCGCCGUCUGGUUCCAGAACCGCCGCACACGGUGGCGCACCAAGCAGCUCGAGGAGGAGUACGCAAAGCUCAAAUCUUUGCACCACAAUCAACUCCUCGAGAAAACCCAUCUUCACACUCAAGUUGUGCAGCUGAGGGAGCAACUGCAAGAAGCCGAGAAGGAGAUCCGACGGCUGACGGCGGAGAGAUCGGACGGCGUGGGGCGGAGCUGCAACAAUAAUAAUAAUAUUAAUAGUAGUCCGAGUUCGACGACGUCGUUUGAUCCAUGGUGUUUCAUUGGGGAGUACGGAAUUGAGGGUUUUCUUUAUGUUGAAGAAGACUGCAACAACGUCGUCAUUAACCAAGAAUAUCCUCAUGGGACAUUAAUGGGACAUCAAUGGGAUAAUGAUCUCUACUAUUUGUUGUAAUUAGUUAAUAUAUUAAGGCCUAAUAUUAUAUUUAGUAUUGAAUAUUAGUAGGGAGUUGUGUAGAUCGAUCGAUCAAUGUGGAUAAGGGCCAAUUAUGUAAAUUUAAUGUCUAGCUUUCUUAUGUAUGUAUGUAUCGAUCCUUGGUUUGGAGUGUUUGUAUAUUGCUGAUUUGACCGGAUUAGUAUAUGUUAUCUAGAAGGAAUUAUCAUGUAUUUAUAUACUUC